CCCCCCCCCGCGAAAAUGACGCUGGGGGCGCGGGCGCCCCGCGCUCUGCGCUCGGAGGUGCAGCACGCGCGCGGCCUCGAGGCGGCCGCGGGGGCGGUGCUGUCCGACUGCCUGCGGGAAGCGGGCGCCGACGUCGUCACCAGGGGCUCCUGCGGCAGGCUCCUCAAGACGGACGUCUCCCCCGGUGCCCUCGCGGACGGCCUCGAGGCCGCCCUCCGCGCGGAGAUCGGGGAGAAGACGAGGGCGCUGCAGGCGCUGCAGAGAAACUACGAGAGCAUCUCGUCGCUCAGCGCCGGUCAGGCGCAGGAGCUGUCGCAGCUGCGCGGGGCGCUGAAGGACGUCGUCCAACAGCGAGACCGUGCCAGGAGAGCGCGCGCCUGA